AUGCCUGGCAAGCGCUUUGCCGCGCCCUUCGCGACACAUCAAGACGGACUUGCCGGCUACGCCACCAUGGGAGGCGGCGGCGACGGAAGCGGGGUCCCAGGCGACGAAGGCAGCGGCAGCCGGCAGGGACAGGAGGUCACACCCCACGGCAGCGCGCGGCGGCAGCCGCCUGCCGACGAGCUAGCUGGGGAAGCGGAGCGACUGCUGCAAGGGGACCCCGACACGAUAUCGCCGCAGAGUACGGUUACGUCUUGUGCCUUUGUGCAAUUUGUGCGUAUUGUGAAAAAUGGCGUUAUUAAAGGUGCCAAGGAAGUCCGAGACUUCCAGUUAGGCUCCCGAGGGCUUGGGGACGGGGCUACGAAUCUGCAUGGCUCUGAAGCUGUCAGCCAUUUGGAUAGCGAUGUAUGGCAUGCGGUUGAGGAACGCGCGGCCGCGGCCGCACCUACCGGUGGUGUGGGAAGCGGAAGGGAAGGCGAGAGGGAGCAUGCUGGCCAGGCAGGCCCUGGCAUUGAUCGGGACUCGGCCGGUGGUAGUGACGUGGUGGUGGACAGCGAUGGUGGUGAGAGCGGCCCAGCUGCCAGCGACCCAGCGACGCGCUUCGCGCCCUGGGGCCAUUGA